CGAGGGGGUGGCCUCCCAGGCGACAGAGGGCGGGCUCGGCCCGGGUUCUCUCCCCGCCUCCGGCCCCGGCGCCGGCCCGGUCCUCUCGCCUUCCCCAGCGUGGGUGACUUUGAGCCGGCGUGAGUCGCAGGCUCCGCGCGGCCUCUCCCCGCCCCGCCCCCAUGCCCGUUAUGGCGGCUCCGGGCGCCGCUGCCACAGCUUCGCAGCUUCUCUGCUGGAGAAGCCUGCGUGUGAUAAGCCACAGACGGGAGAGACUGGAAAAAUCAGCAGAGGGAAGGCGCUAGAAUGAAGAGGGAUUAGGAAAAGCUUCCUGAAGAAGGUGGGCUGUGCAGGAAGCCAGGGGACAGAGAUGAGGAGGAAGGGCUCUGCAGGCAUGGGGUACAGCCCACGUCGCUGGAUGGCAGAGGACACAGAGGUCCCUUUUCUCCGAUGUGCCCAGAGAACAUUUGCUUCCCAGACCUCGGGGGAGCUCAAAGUGACUCAGAUCCUAAAAGAGAAGUUUCCUCAGGCAGCAACUAUCAAGGUCACAGACAUUUCAGGUGGUUGCGGGUCCAUGUAUGAAAUACAUAUAGAGUCAGAAGAAUUUAAAGACAAGCGUAUUUUACAGCAGCACCAGAUGGUGAACAAGGCGCUAAAAGAAGAGAUUAAAGAGAUGCACGGGCUGAGAAUCUUCACGUCGGUCCCAAAGCACUGAAGCCUUGCUGGGAGCCUGGGACUGCCGCUGCUGCUGCCGCUGCCGCUGUGAUGGUGUCCCGGGAGGGGACGGAUGCCGUUUUCCCACAGCGUUUGCCCUCCACGGUCUCCUGUAGCUUCUGGCCGUCUCCGUGCUCUCGUGAUUGAGGAGUGUUUGGGCUGUUCAGAUAUUCAUUAAAGACAAAAGACUCCCAUGACUUUGGAAACCUUCUUUUUCUGACCAAAGUCAUUAUCUUUCUCUGCUGACUGUCCCUGGCACUGUCCAGGGCCACACACUAGUACCGGAGACCAGAACUGAUGUGUCCAUCUACUCGGACUCGUAGGAUCGUGUUAUUACCCAAGGGAAGGCCACACCCAAGCUCCUUUUAGGUUCCCACCUGUUGCUUACAGGGGAAUGCACCAAUUGAAGCUCAUUUAAUAAAACAUGGAGAUCACGAGUCACCUCA